AUGACUACACUUGACAAUAUUGAUCAAGAACCAGAACAUGGAAGUGAUGAAUUAGUUUUGUCAGAAAAUAAAGAAAACAAGACUAGUGAUAAUCAUGAUAAUAAUGAAACAGAUCAAUCCAUAGGACAUAUGCGUGAUGAAGCCUUAAGGCGUAAAGAACGUCUAAAGCAAUUACGUAUGAAAAAUGCAUCACAUAAAAGUAUUAUACACUUAAACAAUAGCGAUAAUGGAGAAUUACCCAAACCGAUAUUUCGAAAUUACAAACCACAGUCAGAAGAAUUAAAAGAUGGUGAAUUGCCUGCUGGUAAACCGGUAGAUCUGAACAAGCACAUCAUUGCACAACUGGAAGCUGCCGAUGCACCAGUUAUUGUUGAUGAAGUUAAUUUGGCAAGUCUUGCACCUCGUAAACCUGAUUGGGAUUUAAAAAGGGGUGUUGAGAAGAAAUUGCGUAAAUUAGAACGUCGAACUCAACGUGCUAUCGCUGAAUUAAUCCGUGAACGUCUUCUUGAAACAAGUGUCGACUACACUGAGACAUAUGCAAACCAUCCAAAAUCAAUUGAAUAA